AUGGAUUUUGUUGACCUGGAGCCUGUCGUGACCCCUGAGCCAGUCAUUGCUCCUGAUCCUGCAUUAGAGCAUGACCCUGUUCAUGAUGAUGCACCCGCUGUUGCCCCUUUUGUUGAUAUACCCAUUGCUGAUCAUCCUGUUGUUGCUCCACCAUGGGUGGAUGAUCAUAUUGUUGACGCUCCUAUUGACGCUCCACUCUUGAUAGAGGAUCCUGUUGUUGCACCAUUUCCUGAUCCUGUGCCGGUGCUGUUCAACCAUGCACCUUUUGCAACUCAUGUAGAUCCACGUUACGCCAACACUCGUAACGGGUGGAUUGAUGACGACGAUGAUUACCCACCAUUUGUGUUACCUGUUACACCACUAGUAGCCCCCGUUUCAGCACCCAUUUCUGCACCCACUAAUAUCCCACUGAUUCCCCCACACAUCACAGAUGCUCAUCGCAUAGAUCUUCCAGUUACGUUCCUUCAGGACAUACCGCCGCCGCGUCCUGGAGAGGGGUCAUCUAGGCAACCGCCUGUCCCUGUUCCACUAAUGAUGUCAUUACCUUUUCCAUUCACAUCACAAUUUCCCCAUGUUGCACCACCCACUGCACCGUCCUUCACUCCGUCGAGCGAGCCAUUUCUAUAG